GCACGCCUUUUUCGAACCUGUCUCGUUCAUAUACUUUUGUGGAAUGUUGAAACAGAUUUUAUAUAUUACAUUUAUAAAGCUGAAUAUAGAAAACAGUUGUUAUCAAAGAAAUUUAUCGUGUAUGCUUUGAAUUUCCAAUAUUAAAUUUAGAACUUGAAAUGUUUUUUCAGCAAAGAACGAAGCGGCAUUUUUUAGAAGUAAUCUAAAUUUGUAAAUUUCAUACAAAAUGGACAGUAUUAAAAGUUCAACAAGCACUGAGCCCAUUACUGAAACCCAACAACUGACUGUCGAGCAACAAGUCCCGACACAACCAGUACUGAAGCUACGUUUAAAAAAGCCUAAAACUCAAGGUAGUGUUUCAUGGAGUGAGGACACUGUUGAUAAUGAGCAUAUGAACAAAAAGAAAUCAAAAUGCUGUUGUAUAUACAAGAAACCGCUACAAUUUGGUGAAAGCUCAACCGAAGAUGAAGAUGACUGUGACAACUGUUUCGGACAUCCUGAAAAACGCAAGAAAAAUCGCAAGCGGGUUACAAGUAAUAAAAGUGAACAUUGCUGUAAGCACGACGAUUUCACUGAUGCAGUGGCUGAUCUGUCAGAAAACUGUGGUAGUCCAUAAUCUUAAAUCAAUAAAUUCAUAAGUACAUAUAACUCCAUCAAUUCGAAAUUUGUACAAUACUACAUUAAAUAUAUAACAUUUAAAUAUCGGAAAUCACAUUUUUUAGUACAUUUAUUAGAAGUGAUCUAUUCGCAUUGAUUACUAUAAGUAAUAUUAUGUACAUUUAUUAGUACAUAUUUAAGAUUUUUAGCACAAUGAGCCAAGAGGCUUUUGUGGAUUCUAAGGAUGACCGUCAUAACCUAACCCCCAUGUUUUUCUAAAAGAUGUAUGAAAUUUUUUUUUUUGUGUGUAUUAAAUAAAUGCAAC